GUGACGUUUGGCGGCAUGUUUCAGUGUUAUACAAGGACCGAGCGUGUCUUGUUGAAUAACUGUGGUUACUGAAUGAAGUUACACAAGCAGUCCCACCACACACACACACACACACACACACACACAGAGUGUCUACACUCUGAACGCACCACGUUGUUUUACUCUAUGACUUAGUUUCUUGUGAAACGGAAACGGAGUACGAGUCGAGAGCUAAUAUGGCUAAACGUAAACAUCGGGCAGAAGCUGCUGCGACUGAAAAGGACAACACAAAGAAGAAGCUGAGUCAGGCUGUGAAGAAGAGAAAAGCUGCUCCUAAAACGCCGAGUAUCAAAGACAAGGGUACCAAAGCCAAAAAUGUUGCCAAGCCCAGAGGCCAAGCAUCGAAAAAGGCACAUAAGCCAACAGAUGAAAAGAAGAGCAAAUACUUCAGCGAGCCAUUUAAAGAAGAGCCAGAGGACAUCUUUGAGGAUUCCAGCAUGUCACUUCCAGAGAGUUCUGUGCUGAAGAGCAGUGAUUACAAGAUGAAAGAAGAGAAAAAAGAAAGUGAUAUUGAGAGUGACGAGAGCGAUGAUGAGGAUUGGGAGGAGGUGGAAGAACUGGCAGGCCCAUUAGCCCCAACAGAGGCAGACCAAGAACCUGCAGUUCCUUCUCAACCUGUGGAAAUUGAGAUCGAGACAGCUGAGGCCAGGCACAAGAGACAGAAAAAGGAGAAGAUCCAAGCUGAAUUUGAGAUUUACCUGCGCAGAAUGAUGAAACGUUUCAACAAGGGGAUACAGGAGGAUACACACAAGGUUCAUCUCUUAUGUUUAUUGGCUAGCGGACUGUUCCGGAACCGCCUGUGCUGUGAGCCUGACCUAUUGGCCAUCACUUUGUCUUUAGUUCCCACCCACUUCACCAAAGUUAUUAAAAAACGUAUCAACACUGUUUAUCUGGAGGGUCUUCUGAAGUGGUUUAAGGUGACAUUCACACUAAACCCCGCCCUCCCUGAAGAGAAGGACGUGGGACUGCGUAAGCUGCUGGAGAGACGUUUGGGAAGUCUGUCAGCACGUGAUCAUCAGGAGAUGACCUAUCUGUUCCUGCUGGUGCUGAGGUCACUGCACCUCUACUGUCGAUUGGUGCUCUCAUUACAGCCAAUACCCCUCAAACCUUCAACAAACAUGGAUAAAGCACCCACCUCCAGUAGUAGUUCUUCUAAAGUCAAAUCUAAUGAAGCUGAUAAAAAGCCACCAGAACCAAAAGUUUCCCCUGGGUCCAAACGCCCAUCUACCCUAAGUAUUGAGGGGCAACCGAAGAGGGGAGGAAAGAGACAAAAAAGGAAUGUUGCGGAUCGAGGGGACAAAGAGAAAGAAGCAGUAGGGGGACAAAGGCCAAAAAACACCAAAAGAAGGAGUAUCGCAUCCAAAGUGUCAUAUAAAGAAGUGAGCAGUGACGAGGAGGAUGAGCUUAGUGAUGGGGAGGAGUAUAAGCCGACAAGAGAGGAUGAAAGCGAUGACUCGGAUUGUGAUGCAAAAAGGUCAAACAGGUAUUCAAACGCUAAGGGAAAGGGCAAAAGUCAGGCUCCACUACGCUCCAGCAAGCCCCAGAAGAGAACAAAGAAGGAGGAGGAGGAAGAAACAGACGAAGAAGAAGAACAGAUAAAAGGGAAAAAGCAGUAUGGGAGAAGGAGGCAAGUAAAAGGAGAUGAUGAAUGGAUAGAGGUGUACCUGAAAGGGGCAAAGAGAUGGAUAUGUGUUGAUGUUGAUCAAGGGGUGGGGCAACCGGAACGCUGCUCCAAUAAGGCUACUCAGCCAAUUACGUACGUAGUGGGUGUAGAUGAAGACGGUUACCUGAAAGACGUGAGCAGCAGAUACGACCCCACCUGGCUCACGUCGUCACGGAGACGACGUAUCAACUCAGACUGGUGGGAGGAGACGUUAAGCUUCUAUGCGUGUCCCGAUAAUAAACAAAAGCAGGAAGAAGACAAAGAGCUGCAGGACAAGUUGAUUGGUAAGCCAUUGCCAAAAGUGAUAUCGGAGUACAAAAACCAUCCUCUGUAUGCACUAGAGAGGCACCUGCUGAAGUACGAGGCACUGUACCCCCCCACUGCCGCCAUUUUGGGCUACUGUCGAGGAGAAGCUGUCUAUUCACGAGAUUGUAUCCACACACUGCAUUCCAGAGACAUCUGGUUAAAGAAAGCGCGUACUGUCCGACUCGGGGAGGAGCCUUACAAGAUGGUAAAGGGCUGCUCCAACCACUCACGGAAAGCCAGGAGGAUGUCUGAGAACAAGGAUAAAAAGGACCUGGGCCUGUUCGGCCACUGGCAAACCGAAGAGUACCAGCCUCCCGCAGCCAUCAAUGGCAAGAUUCCACGUAACGAAUUUGGAAACGUGUACAUGUUUCAACCAUGCAUGUUGCCAGUGGGGUGUGUGCACGUGCAUCUGCCUAAUCUGAACAGAGUGGCUCGAAAACUCGACCUGGACUGUGCUCCUGCAGUAACAGGCUUCGAUUUCCAUGGAGGACACUCACAUGCUGUAACUGACGGCUACAUCAUCUGUAAGGAGCACGAAGAGAUUCUGAAAGCUGCCUGGGAAAACGAGCAAGAGAUUCAAAGGAAGAAGGAAAAAGAGAAGCGUGAGAAGCGAGCAUUGGCUAACUGGAAGCUGCUGGUGAAAGGGCUGCUGAUUAAAGAGCGGCUGCAGCGGCGUUACGGACAGCAGGGCGUGGCCAAGGACACGGGCAUUGCGGAAGGAUUCUCAUCUGGAGAGGAGGACGAAGGUGGAGCUCACACGGCUCCCCCAUCUCUGGCUGUUUCAUGGCCACAGAACAGGCAGGAGGAGAAGGAAGAGGGAGGAGCUAAAAAGUCUGUCAGUAAGAGAGAGAGGCGUGGCCAGCACAAACAUCUCUUCCCUUUUGAAAAACGUGUGUAAUGUGAUUAUUCUUGCUUACGUCCUCUUUCUCUCUGUACUUCAGUCGCAGCGUUCUUUGCGCGUCUCUGUUUACAGGGCUAAAGUUGCAUGACAUGGAUGCCUUGUAACAAGUGCGUCUUUUGUUUCUUUAGUCUCUUUCCUUGCCACUUAGCCUGUUUAAUUAAAGGGAAACAAACCAACCAAUUAUCACAUGUAAGAAAUUUAACACACUUCCAUGAACGGAAAAUCUGUUUACCAAAACCUCACUUACAAUGGAGGUCUAAGGGAAGCUAUUGCAUUUCAUGAAUGAAAAUUCUAAACAAUAACCGUUAUAUUCUAACGAUAAAGGUCUUCGGAUGUGCGAGACAUUGAUGAGCAAGACAUUGAUGAGCAAGAGAAUAUUUAUCAAGCCGUUUAUAAGGCAGUUUUAUUCAUUUUUAUAAAACUGAAUAAAUACAGUAAAAGUAAUUCUCAUUUAGUUAGACUGUGAAACAGUCUUUGUGAUCCAUGUGAAUGGCGGUAGAACCAAAACACUUCCAUUUUUUAAAAAAUACAUUGGCAACAUUGGUCAUUUCCUCUGAAACGGGAGUACCACCUCAAAAAGAAAGAAUUAUACCGAUUUUGAGCUUCACUUACGAAUAUGUUAGACUGAAGAAUUCAUGAAAGUGUUCAACAAAAAAAAAACUGUUUAUCGAGUGCCCCAAAAAUUGCGCUUGGACAAGUGAGUUUCAACUAAACAGCUUUUCUUCAUAUGUGGAAGCCUGGAAAAAUUCUUGUCUGUGGUAAUUGAACAUACAAUACAGAUGUGGUAGAAAGAGGCUAGGUUAAAAACAUCGCCAAUAAACUGUACGUUCGCUGCUAGUGUUUCUGGAGUUUAAGGGCUGUUGUGUUGCGAGUCUUACUAAAUACAAUGCUUUAAGUCUGUAUUUUCAGUGAGUACAGGAUGUAUUACUGGCUGUGUGCACAACAUCCAACUUCCUCUUCCUUCACCAAAUCCCUCCACUGUUCCAGCGACUGGAGGCCAGUAAUGUGUCUGUGUUUCUCCAUAAACCCAUAUUACUCAAUAGCUACUGCCAUUAAGUAUCUGUUUUUUCUUAUUCUUUUUGCCUAAAAACUAGUCUUCUAAGAAGCCUGAUGGAUCAUUCUUCCAAAAUAUGUACCGUAUAAAUGUUUAAUCUUUGAUAUACUGCGUUCUUAUAAUCACUAUGCCGAGUUAAUCUCAGAGCUACAGAAUAUUUGCUUCAGCAUUCAUCUAUAUCCUGUACCUGUAAAAUCUGCUUUACAAUCCAUGCUCAUUAAGACAUGUAAGGCUCUUACUGUAAUAAUCUUGUAAUUGACUGAUGUUGAUUUUUCACUCUUACAGAAAUGUUUUUAUCCAGGGAUAUUUUUUGGAAAACAUUUAUAAAAAAAAAAAAGAAAGAAAGAAAGAAAAAAAAAACUUGAAUAAAUAAAUCAUAUUUGGUAUGUAAGUGCCUGUGAGUCCUAUUCAUGAACGUUUUCUGUCUCCAUCCACAGUCUGAUGAGUUAAAAGCAUACAGGACGUUCAAUGCACCAGAGUUCCUGAAUUUAAUUAGCUUAAUUACCCCAUAAUGCUAUAAUUUCAUACAACCAUCACCAGAAGUAUUGACACCCAUAAUUCAAUCACCUCUAAGAAAAAUCAUUUUCAUAAGAACUUGAAUAUUUUCUUGAACACCUGUUGUUCAAUAUUUUAUACUAAAAAAAAAAUACUUCAGACUUCAACUAGACUUCAAAUAUAACCAAGUCGUACAAUUAUACAGUAGUAGGUUAUGGGUUUUACAUCUAUCACCUGAUCUAACUUGUGAAAAUAAUCCUUCAUUCUACAACGGGUUAAAUCCGCUGUGUUGAUGCUCAAAUCAGUGCACCGUAAUCGGU